CAGCAUUGCACGGAAGGGAAGCAGAGAUCUUCGAUUUGCUCCUAGCACAUGACCAAAGUCAAUCUUGACGUUGCAGACGAAAACGGACAAACGGCUCUCCAUUUGGCCGCUGGAGUAUCCAACGUCGUCACUGUUCGAAAAUUAAUAGAAAGCGGAGCCAAUCCCAAUAUUUUCAACAAAUGGGGAGCGUCUCCUCUUCAUUUGGCAGCACUGCAAAGAGAUGAUAAUAACGAGAUCGUCGAUUUACUUUUAGCUCAUCGCAAAAUCAAGGUUGACCAUGCAGAUGAAAACGGAGACACGGCUCUUCAUUUGGCCGUGUCUGUCUCCAACGCCAUCUCUGUUGCAAAAUUAUUAGAAAACGGAGCCAAUCCCAACAUUUUCGACAAACAAGGUACGUCUCCUCUUCAUGUGGCAUCACAGAAAAGAGACGGCAAUCCUAUCAUUGAUCUACUCCUAGAAGCUAAAAAAGUCAAAGGCAUGGGCGAUGUCAACGAUCAAAAUGAACAAGGAGUGACUGCACUUCAUUACGCCGCCGCCUUUUCCAAUGAAAUCACGGCCGAGCAUUUGAUCAAUAAGGGCGCAGAUGUCAAUUGUCGAGACAAUGUUAGUGAUAAGCCUACUCCACUUCACUUUGCUGCACUUGGUGCUGAGGACAUAAAAAUCAUCGACUUGUUAUUGCAGAACAUUAACGAAGGAGAUAUUCAACAGUAUAGAAACGAUGAAAGACUUUUCUUGUUCGCUAGGCAUAACUUGCACGGACUAGGCAAUACAAUUCUUGAUCGAUUGGUGGAAAAGAACAUCAAACCUCCGUGUACCGAAACUGACGAUUGUAUUACUGGAGAAUCUGACGAGGCAACAGGCGUUAAUAAUCACCGUUUCGUAGACAAAGGCGCCGAUCCUUCAAUUGACUUGACGGGAUUCGAUGGACUUGAUUUCUUAAUAGCGCGAGUUAAGAAAUCACUGGAAAUCGAUGAAAUUCUGAAAGGUGGAAAUUUCGAUAUCAACGGCCGCGAUCAAGAUGAGGAAACUCCACUUUUUGUUGCAGUACGCGCCAACAACGUGAAUGCUGUUAGGCGUUUGCUGAAAAGAGGAGCCGAUCCCACCAUACGCAACACCAAAGGCGAAACUCCAUUUCAUGUGGCAGUUGUCAACCAUACAGAUUGCGAUAUUCUUAAUUUACUUCUGGCAAACGAAAAAGUUGACAUCAAUGAAACUGAACAUGGAUGGACUGCCCUCCAUCUGGCAAUUUACAAUUCCAACGUGACUGCCGCUCGCUUCCUGUUAUCGAAUGGAGCCGAUCCCAACUUCGCUAAUACAGGUGGAUGGACUCCACUUCAUUUGGCGGCCAUAUAUGCAAAAGACAUGGACAUUGUCAAAUUACUCGUCAAUCACAAAGACGUGGAUGUCAACCGCUUGGACAACGAAGGACGAACUGCGCUACAUAACGUAAUAAUUAACAAGCACGGACUAGGCGAAGCAAUUGCCAACCUUUUGAAAGAGAAAUGCGCCGUGAAAAGAGAAAACUUACUGCCCAAAGGAAACAAUGAAUCCUUAAAAAAACUCAUGCGGACUUUCGGCAAUCAAAAGGCCGACGAAAUUGAAAACUUGUUAAGCGACAAUACAAAGACAAUGGAGGAAAAAAUCUCUAAAUUUUCGGAGGAAUAUUUGAUUUCAAUAAUUAUAGAUUCGGACGUAGAAACACUUUGUCGCCUAUUGAAAAAUGGAGCAGACAUCAGCGCAUGCUGUGGAGAAAUGGGAGAGAAUGCGGUUCAAUUGGCAUCAUUUCAUGCAGAGACGACGGAUGUCAUCGACAUCAUUCUUGAAACGGAAAAAUUCGACAUCAACGGGGUUGACAACGAUGGAGACACUCCUCUCCAUUAUGCAAUCAUGGGAUAUAAUUCUGCAAAAAAUGCCCCUCACCUGAUUCAAUUGGGAGCCGAUCCCAACAUUGCCAAUAAAACCAAAGUCACUCCACUGCAUUUAGCGACCAAAAAUGCAAAGACAACGGAUGUCAUCGACGCCAUUCUAGAAACUGGACAAUGCAACAUCAACGGAGUCGACGACGAUGGAAGGACGCCACUCCGUUACGCAAUUGAGAGACCCGACCCUGUUAAUACAAUCAAUGCUCGUCGUCUGAUAAAAAUGGGAGCCGACCCAGGCAUCGCUGACAAGAACGGAGUCACCCCUCUUCACAUGGCGGCGAGAAAUGCAGAGUCAAUGGACCUCAUCGAGCUAGGGGAGAGGGGGCAUCUCGUGAGAAAUCUGUAUGCCAACAUGCCCCACCAAAUUUCUGCCAACUAA